AUGCGAAUUAGUUGUCGGAGAUUGCCGUUCAAGUUUCCCAGAAAGCAGUGCGAGCUGUCUGACGAGGAUGACACAGCAGCCGCAGACGCUGAAAGCAUGCUGCUUUAUGAGCCAGGCUCCUUCCUCAGCCACUUUCUGCAGUUUUUCACUGUCCUGCAGGCAGACGGACAUCAACUUAUCCUGGAAGAGAUACCAGGCUGGAAGGCUGUAGAGCUGGUGGUCAACGGGGGGUGCUGCAACAUCGAUGACCUGGAUUUUGGAGGUGAUGGCAAGUUGGAUCCACUCUGUGAAGAAGCCAGAAAAGCAGUGUUAAAUGCUUACUGA